AUGUCCGCAGCAGCACCUGCCGCUGCGCCACUGGCACGAGGCGGCCCGUCGCAGAACGCCUUCAAGAACGCAGACAAGCCCGACGAAGUGCGCAGGUCCAACCUGUCCGCCGCCAAGGCCGUUAGCGAUGCCGUGCGCACCUCGCUCGGCCCCAAGGGAAUGGACAAGAUGAUCCAGACGUCCAACGGCGAGGUCGUGAUCACCAACGACGGCGCCACCAUCCUCAAACACAUGGCCGUCAUGCACCCUGCUGCACGCAUGCUCGUCGAGCUCUCGCAGGCGCAGGACGUCGAGGCCGGCGACGGCACCACCUCGGUCGUCGUUGUAGCCGGCAGCCUGCUCGGCGCGGCUGAAAAGAUGCUCAACAAGGGCAUCCACCCCACCAUCAUCGCCGAGUCCUUCCAGAAGGCCGCCACCAAGGCCGUCGAGUUCCUCACCGACAUCUCGACGCCCGUCGAGCUCAACGACCGCGAGUCGCUCCUGCGCGCCGCCAGCACCAGUCUCAACUCCAAGAUCGUCUCGCAGUACUCGUCCGUCCUUGCGCCCAUCGCCGUCGACGCCGUCACCCGCCUCGUCACGCCCGGCGCCCAGUCCAGCAACAAGACGGCCGCCGCACCAGCAUCCGCCUCGACCAUCGACGGCGCUCCGCCCGUCCGCGCCUCGCGCUCGGCGGAUGCGCAGGACAAUGUGGAUCUGCGCGACAUCCGCAUCGUCAAGAAGGUCGGCGGCACCAUCGACGACACGGAGCUCGUCGAGGGCCUCGUGCUGGCGCAGAACGUCGUGUCGGGCAGCGGCGGCCCCACGCGCAUGGAGAAGGCCAAGAUCGCCGUGUGCCAGUUCCAGCUGAGCAGCCCCAAGCCGGACAUGGACAACCAGAUUGUGGUGAACGACUACCGCCAGAUGGACAAGAUCCUCAAGGAGGAACGCCAGUACCUGCUCAACAUGUGCAAGAAGAUCAAGAAGACCGGAUGCAACGUGCUGCUCAUCCAAAAGUCGAUCCUGCGCGAUGCGGUCAACGAGCUGGCGCUGCACUUCCUCGCCAAGCUCAAGAUCCUCGUGGUCAAGGACGUGGAGCGCGACGAGAUCGAGUUUGUGUCCAAGACGCUUGGUGCCAAGCCGAUCGCCGACAUCGAGGCCUUCACCGAGGACAAGCUGGCUUCGGCGGAGCUGAUCGACGAGGUGCAGCAGAACGGCGCGCGCGUGGUCAAGAUCACCGGCAUCAAGAACAUGGGUCGCACCGUCAGCAUCCUGUGCACGGGUGCCAACUCGCUGGUGCUCGAGGAGAGCGAGCGCAGUCUGCACGAUGCGCUGUGCGUGGUGCGAUGCCUGGUGAAGAAGAAGGCGCUGAUCGCGGGCGGCGGUGCGCCCGAGGUGCACGUGUCGCGUCUGCUGGCGCAGCACUCGCAGACGCUCAAGGGCAUGGAGGCAUACUGCUUCCAGGCGUACGCCGAGGCGCUCGAGGUGAUCCCCACGACGCUCGCCGAGAACGCGGGUCUGAACCCGAUCAGCAUCGUGACCGAGCUGCGCAACCGCCACGCGCUGGGCGAGCGCACGGCGGGCAUCAACGUGCGCAAGGGCCAGAUCACCAACAUCCUCGAGGAAAACGUGCUGCAGCCGCUGCUCGUCAACACGAGCGCCAUCGAGCUCGCCACUGAGACCGUGGCGCUGCUGCUCAGGAUCGACGACUACCAUCUGUCGCGCUGA